UGUAGCUUUCGUUUCCGUGGUCGAAAUAUCUGUGAUAUGCUGAAAAUCAGUGAUGAUUUGUACCUAAAAGCAUUGUACCUGAAGGCAUCAAAAGAAGAAGCAGCCAGAAAGGGAUGCUUUGUCAAAUGAACCACUGGACAGUUAAGCACAGGCAUGGCCCUAUCUGGGAUGGACAGCAGCUUACCUCUGGUGAAGAACGAAGUGCAGGCAAGCCCAGCAGCUGUUCAGCGGAGCUCCUCAUUGGACAGCAUGCAGAACCCUGUCAGCGCUCUGCCUGGAAACAAUGAGAUGCUUCCCGCCUCAAUGUCUUCAGCCACCAAUGCCAACAACUCACUGUCACCACCUUGCCAGCCAGUACAGCGCAGUCGCAGCCUGCCCCUCUUGGAUUCCAGUCAAGGGAUUCCCCCGGAACUUCUCGCCGAUCUCACGGCGUCAGAAAGAGGUAACCUGUUGGGUAACAACUCAGUGGGCCUAGAAGAUGGCUUGGCCACAAGCCAGUCCAACACUCAGGAAGGUCAGUUUUUGCAGAGGGACUACCUGAGUCCCUCUCAGUUUCCAGGGCUGACUCAGCAACCCCUGAAUCUCAGUCAGUCAGCUGAUGUUAAGCAGUUCUUGGGAACAUUUCAGCAGCCCAUGGUGCCCAGACCGAACAUGGUGAGUCGACCAGUCAGGAAUCUAAUUCCUCACCUUGGCGACUGGAGUGGGUACUCGCCAGGGGGGAGGCUGCAGCUUAGGGGAGCAGAAACCACCAUGGCAAGUCUCCCGACAAUAGGCUCAUCAGGAAUGUCUCAGAGCCAGGCCAUUUUUAACCCCAGUGUUGCAAACAUCUACAGCAAGGUUAUGGAUAAGGCAUUGGGCUUCCAAAUUAGCGAGAGCCUUGCAUUUGGACGUGAAAAUGUACACUAUCCAAGUGGACAGCCCCCCAUGAACAUGAACCCAUUGCGACAACAGGGUGAAUUUGAAGGGAAACAGCCUAAAGAAGGUGAGAGACAGUUACACUUGACCAAGGACGGGAGGGGCAACUUAGUGCAUGCGCACCAACACCACAAUGAAAACAACAAUGACAAGACGUCUCCCAACAUCCAGGCACUUUCUGACAAUGUGGGAGGCCACCUGGCUGAUAAAUCCAUGCUGCCAUUGUCAGUGAGCGUGUCUGUUGCCUUCACAGAGCCCAGUCAGGACAGCCCAGCCUCACUGUCUCGUCACAGUAACAGUCCAGCCAUGCCGUACCGAACCUCAGCAGAUCAGAUGCUGAGCAUGAUCAACUACAAUGAGGACCAGCUCCUCCAGGAGCACGGGCUGAUUACAGAUAACACGGUGACUGGAACACUGGACGAUAACUUCCUGAGCAGUUCUAUGGGAAUUGGACAUCCCAGCAGCUCCCGUCUCACUGAUUCUUCCAAUCUCACAGGAAUGGACUCCAAUCCACCGAGUGUGAACAAUGAAACGUUUGAUCUCUUUGAUGGAGGCGGUGAUGUGGACGAAGCCAAUUACAUGACUGAUUCGCUCUCACCUCAGCCCUUGGCUGGUAAUGUUGACUCAGAUGUGCAUGUUACUACCUCUUUGCCCAGCAUUGGCUCCCAGUCAGGAACCGAUGCUUUGACAAGUCUACCUAGAUCUGUUGAACGAGGAGGGUAUGGAGUUGGGGGAGGCAAAAAUCCACCAGAUCUUAAAGUACCUGCUGGAACAGGGGUCAACAAUGAUGGCUGCAGUACCGAUGUGCCACCCCGUCGCAAGGGGCGGCCGCCAUCACGCAACCCUGGCCAUCGUUACUCUCAGCCAUGCCAGGUCUGCGGUAAGAUCUUUGGCAGCUCCAGUGCCCUGGCCAAGCAUAAGCUGAUACACAGCAGUGAGCGGCGGCACAAGUGCGUGCUCUGUGCCAAGAGCUUCAAGCGACAGGACCACUUGGCUGGCCAUAUGCUGACGCAUCGUAGCAAAAAACCCUAUGAGUGCACAGUUCCGGAUUGCAGCAAGUCCUACUGUGACAUCCGCUCAUUGCGGAGGCACUUUGAAUCCCAGCACAAUGGCUUGGUCAUGGAAGAGCACAUGAAGUACACGGGAGAUGAGAAAGAUCCUGAACUCAUAGCAGCUGAGGAGGCGGCUGCGCAGGCCCAGACCCAAGGCCAGGGUCAAGGCCACCCCUCGGGACUUCCGGCAAACUCUGUCGCCUACAUGAGUACGGUCAACACCUUGUCCAGCAUGCCGGUCAUGGGCAGUCUGACUGCCAACAACUUCACCUCGGGGCUGAUGCAGCAGCCUUCACAGCAGCAACAGCAGCAGCAACAGCAACAGCAACAACAACAGUCCCAACACCAGGGUGGGAUGAACAACACAAACAGCCAAACCUCUGAGGGCCAGGGUUCCAGCUCCAGUGCAGCGCUGCAGUUCCUCGCCCAGGCCGCUCAGCGUGCCCAGACCAGCCUUCCCAUCUCUGCCACCUCGCCCAGCAACCAGUCAGAAGGUCUGACCCUAAACCCUCAGAUACCGGUGCCUGUGCCUCAGGAUGUGCCCUCACUGCAACGCUUUGGAGACCUAAUCAAUCCUGCUGGUUCCAACCAGCUGCCGGCCUCCUCGUGGAAUAUAACCUCCCAGUAUGAGGGCCUGACCAACUCCAGAAACUUGAUCAUGGAGGGUAUUCCUGCCCCCAGGCUGUCAACCACGAUGUCUGCUUUGUCAGGCAAUCCAUUGAGUAACCCAAGCGUAAGGCGUCCUCUAGGAACUACCCCUCCCAUGUCUGUAGAUGUAAGGCAACCUUCUCCCAGGGGGCCAUCACCUGCGAAGAGUACUGAUGGCAAAGAGAAGAACCAACAGCCUGUGGAGUGCUCUGUGUGUAAGAGAGUGUUCAAGAGCAUGCCAGCAUUGAAUGGGCAUAUGAGACUCCAUGGGGGUUACAACAAUGCCCGAGGGGAGGCUAUGGACUCUGUGAAAGUAGACAACAAAGUUCUUCCCCGCCAGCAAGCUUCCACCCCUCCACGCACCACUCAGGCCAGGGUUCCUCUCGAGACCAGAGGGUCCUCCGCCACUAUUCCUACCACUCACUCCCUCCCCAACCACCAGUCCCUGCCUGUCACUCAGGCCGCUGGGCCCGGCCAGACGCAUUCGGCCUCCCUUCACAUGCCCAUGCCAGCACCCUCGUUCACCAUGCCGAUGCCAGGACUCCCCCAGCUGCCCUCGGUGACACAGAUGCCCCUCCUGAAUCAACUCCGGCCCCAGCAGAUGGACUUGAGUGCCCCGGUGAAGCGGGAGCACAACAUGCCCAGUGUGCCCAAGCCCAGUAACCCGUUCUUUUCUGAGACCUCCUUUGCCCACCACCACCACCAGCAGCUGCCCAGCUCUUACCCUCAGCUGAUGCCCGUGUCCAUCAGCCGUGUCAAGGAUAUGCCUUACUCUGUCCCAAUGAGCUACCCAGCAGUGACCUCACAAACAGUGCAGAAACUCCUGAAGUCAGAGCCAAUUACAACCACGGAGCUGGUCACAACCAUGGCCAACAUGCAGCAGACCCCACUUUCAAUCAGUGCAGCAGAGCAAGACCUCAGUCCACCCAGACUGGAGGCUAUUAAACCGCCUGAAGAUCAGAACGUUUUCCGGAAUCCCCCACCCCCCAUGCAGCCCAGCCCGACAAAAAAGCGGCCUCGCCCAUCGCCAUUGCACAUCCCCUCAUGCGUUAACACAGGAACACCUGGUGGUAUCAUCCCCGGAACCUAUCAGUCACAGAUGAGGUCUCCUCGGGAAUUAGGAGGGCUGUACCAGCACCACUCCUACCGCAGUUCCGGUUCUGGGACCACCCCUCCGCCGUACACCCCUCCACCCAUGCUGAGCCCAAUCCGCAGUGGGCCCGGCUUGUAUUUCAAUGUGGGGCCAGUUCAGUUGCCAUCAAUGACUCCGAAGACACCAAGCAUGAUCUCCAUGCAUCGUAGAAGUGUACAUGUAGGUAGUGCUUCAGCAGCUGAUGAACAAUCCUCCAACUUUGUCUUCUCCUCGGCUGAACCCCACAUCAAUGUCGGUCCAGAAUUCCAAGCGAGGAUUCCAGACCUGAUAGUAGAGGGUUGGGACGAAUCUCUAGAGCCUGAUCACAGAUUAGGCUGGCUGGCUUGGGACCCCUCUGUCAAUGACAAGUAUACCAUCAGCGAAGUCACCAAUUUUCUGAUGUUGGCCACGACUGCAGCCUUACCCGGUGGGGCACGGAACAUCGAGUAUGCCCAUCACUGUCUAUACAAAGCAGACGGAGACAUACAGCUUGCCUUAAAGAUGUUGAUGAAUCCAGAGUCCCGCGAUGUUGAAAACAAUCCAUUCAGCGAUUACAACUACAAUUUCACUUCUUCCUGGUCACAAGGAGAGAGGAAGAUCUUUCGGGAUUACUUCAAAGCCAAGGGGAAAGAUUUCCAUGAAAUCCAGAAAUAUCUCAAAACCAAAACAGUCAAGGAGAUUGUGGAAUAUUACUACCGCUGGAAGAAACUGUUUCCGUACAACAGGGACAUGCAGAAGUUCUGCCAUCACAGUAGGAUUAAUCCCACAGAGGAAAUGCGCAGGAGUGAAUGUGACAUCUAUCCGGAAGAGACUUUCAUAGAUUAUGUUCCUCUCAAGGAGUAUAGGCCCGAUAAGUACUAUAGAGGGGGUGGGCAGACUAGGAACAAUAAUCAUGUGAAAACUUCCUCUAAUCAGGAGGAGAAACCGGUCAACCAGGGGCCGUUCACCUGCAACCACCCAGACUGUGACGCGACCUUCAAAUCGCGCCAAGCCCUGAAUGGCCACAUCCGCGUGCAUGGCGGCAGCUACAAGUGCCAGCAGCCAGCCGGGGCGGCUGCUGCUAAGGAGAGCCGGCCGGUGGUCCAGCGCAGUGUUUCCCCGGCUUCAGAGUCUGCUACCUCCACCUCCGGUGGCUCGCGGAGGAUGUCCACUGACGAGGACUCCUCGGGAGAGAGCAUAGAGCCGGAGCCUGCUACCUACCCUUGCAAAAUAUGUGGCAAGGUGUUUAUCAAAGUGAAGAGCCGGAGUGCCCACAUGAAGUCCCAUCGCAAACCAGAGGCCAUCAAGAAGCCGAUUGGCCCGUUGCGCCAGGAGGAAUCACCCCCUGAGUUUGGCAGCGAGCCGCUGAACCACUACACAGAUGACUCGGAGGAGGAUGACAAUGACGAGGACAUGGAUGAAGAGGAAGAUGAUUACCCGAAUGAAGUGGAGGAAGAGGAACGAGGCGGGGAAAGUAACAGCAGUAGCAGCAGCAGCGUCGGCAGCUCCACAGGCCGCUCCCGGAGCAGGAGCGAGAGCAGCAGCGAUGGGGGCAGCAGCGAGAGCGAAUCAGAGUCGGGAAACUCGGAGGCAGGGGAGCCCAUGAGGAUGUGAAGGGGAGAGAAGGGGAGUUGGCCACGGUGGUGUGAUGAGAUGGACGAGAUUUGAGUCCUAGCUGGCUGGGACGUGGUUUUUCAACUGCUGUGCAAUAGCUAAGACAAAGAGAGGGACAGGGCAUCGACCUGCUGUACCCUGGAUGGAUUCCAUGGAGUGCGAGGCUGGGUCAGUGUUGAGAGGCUGUGCUGGAUGUGGUGUGGUGACAGGCCAGAGUGGAAUUCCAGAUAAAAGGCAUUGUGGCUAAAUGGUUCGACCAGCGUGGGGGAAAUUCAGAUUCAGGGCAUGCCGUGUCCUUUGUACUUUGAGAGCAUAAAGAUUCUGUGGUGAACUUUGGCACAUUCAGAGGUGUAAUUUGAAACUGCCUGAGACAAUUAAAAGGAAAGGCCAUUUUCCUUUUUACAAUUUUUUAUUUUACGCUCCUGUAUAUGUUGAAAUUCCGUCGAGUUUUAUCAGUCUCCAGUAACAAGUACAUAUUCGCUAGCUCUUAUAUCGGAGCAAACCAGAAUCACAUGAAUCAUUGCUUCCAGGUAGAUUACCAAAUUGUUUCAAUUUAAUUUGGGUCAGGAGAUUGUAAAAAAGUUACUUUUUCAGAGAAUUGAGUUUGCUGGAUGGAAAUUUGCACAUUGGUAUUUUGUUUGUUGCUUGUAAGACUCAGAAAAGCUCUGUUUUUACAUUUAGUUUUCUAGUUCAUGGAUGUGGGAUGACAUACAUCAUACAUACAUGUGUGCAUAAUAUGUCCAUGACAAGGUUUCCGUGAUUUAGGCUGGUGAAGAUAACUGAGUGCAUCUGAGGCAUCCAGCAAGAUUGCUCAUGUUCAUAGUAGGGAAACAUGCACAAUGCUUCAUAUACAUUUAUUUAUGUUUUUUUUUAGGCAAAUUACUCCUUUUUGUGCAAUAUUUCUUGCUCAGUUUUGUUUUUUUAGAAGUACAUAGCGCAGUUUUGUUUUAAAGUUUUUCUUACAUUUUCUCAUAGUGUUAUUCUGUUUAUAAUCCAACAGACUUUUGAAAAAUGAUUUUGUAAAGCUGGCAAUCUAGUUUUUAACCGAUUUUUUGCAAAAUACUGCACAUAUCUCAUCUCAAGCCAAAAAGCCCAUACGUGUAUAUAGUAACAUUCAUUGUGUACUGCUGCUGCUGCAUUUCUUGGAGCGUCUUUGCAGAAUGGUUGGUUAGCAACCAGUGGGAAACCUUCAGAAGCACUGUAUGCAUCAACAUGAAUUUCAGGUUGGUAACCUGUUCUUGCUAAGCUAACAUUUCUCCCUUGGCCAUUUUCAUGAAAUUAGCCACAGGUUGCGACUGUCUCUCUGCUACUCUGGUUCAGCGCGGCCAUUUCUGUUAUCACAGAACAACCAGCAGAUAUAUGUUGGUUACUGGAUCAGUGACUGUAAUAGCUUUCUGUUAUCUUGCAAAUCCGUGUAGUACUCUGUCCUGCACGGCACACAUCGACCUAUACCGCCGAGCUGCUUAGCACAGGCAUUAAAAUUGUUCUUUCUUUUUGGUUCGGAAAGAACAGGCCACCAGGCAAAUUGCGUGUACAGAAAUUUGUGUUGCUAAUUACCAGCUUAUUUAGACUGAGCAACUUCGUGUAAAUGCCCCAAGAAAUUUUUGCCUUCCAAAUGUGUUGGACAUGACGUGCUUGUAUGAGUCUCUCUGACGUAUCAGUGCUCUCCAGUUUCCGAAGUGAUGGUGCUAUACAGUAAUACAUAAACCUUUUGGUGGCAUUUAAAUAAGAUGGGUACAGAAAGUGGAACUAACAAUCUGUAAUGAAGCUAAAUGCUUUCUUUCAAAGGAAGAAAAAGAUAAAUAAGAUGUCUGUUUGAAGACAUAGCCGGGCGACCCCAUGCUCUAAAAAUUCGCACCUUUUGGCUUUACAGUCUUUGCCUCGGUCAAUUGUAGUUUUUGCUGAUGUGCUGCAUGUUUUUUUAACUGUGCCUGAUGGUUUAUAGAAAACAUACAUGUAGACUGAUUUACAGUGUCUGCCUCCAUUGAAUAAUGGACACUCCUGAACAAUGGAAUUGCAGUAUCUGUAUCCAGUGUUGGAGUCGAGUCCAUCACGAGUCCUUUCACAAGCCCAGUCAUAAGUACCUUCACAAGCCCAGUCAUUAGUCCCUUCAGAAGCCCAGUCACAAGUCCCUUCACAAGACCAGUCAUGAGUAACGGUGGAUAAUGACAAAAGAAUGUUUUUGUCACAGUUCAUUUAAAGAGAUUGUGAAUUGGCUUCAGACAGAAUGACUUGUUAUGGACUUCCAGGGACUUGCGAUGGACUCUUGAUGGACUCGAAUGCAACACUGCAUGUGUCCCUUCAAACCCUGUGUAUCACAUAAGAAGUAACUUUCAGUGUGCCCCCCUCCCCUUUUUUCCCACUUUAUCUUAGCCCUACUACUUCUCACCUCCGUUGGAUGUUUGAAGCAACAAUCAUAACUAAUCACUUGAUUCUUUUUAUUCUUCACAUUCUGGCUUCCCUACAAAAUUACCGCAGUAUUAAAAUAAUUUGUAAAAAGAAUUGAAUGAAAAUUUGCUUGAAAAGAAUACUUUUAUGCCAGUCUCUCACUUCUACCUAAACGAUUUAGUUUUGACAGAUAUUUUCUUGUGUGUCACUGGGUGUUAGAAGCCAGUGAGUUUCCAGUGACAAAGAUGGCUGACUUUUUGGGGGGGGGUGUUGGUGUUAGUGUUCAGUUGAUUCUUAAUAACGGCCUCAUUGUGAAAUAUUUGAUCAUGUCUUGUAAAUAAAAAGUAUCUUCACAUAUACUACCUUUUUAUUAAUUAAGUGUGUGAGACAAAUGACUAUUUUAUCAUGUGAUAUUGGAAAUAUGAACUGAGCUUUGAUCGAAGGUUUAUGAACUGUAUGAUAAAAUAAUAUACAGAAUUGUCAUUAUUUUGUAUGAUGAAAAAAAUUUUUGUGCGGUUGUGGAAAACAUCUUUUUAGUCUGACUCUAAAAACAAUACACAAUAUUAAGUCUUAAUGUGCAUAAAAUGUGCAUUUUUCUCUAUCUCAUAAAAAUAUAUAAGAGAAUGUCUCUUUUUUUAUUAGUGUAAAAAUAGUUAAGAUACUAGAACAGAGCGUAUUCAAUUAUGAAGUGUAACAUAAUGUACAUGUACUCUUUAUGAGAUAGUUGUAAAGUGUUGGUUUGGAAUCAGAUGGUGCAGAGUUGCUGUGAACAACACGAUGCUAUUUGUAGUACCCUGCAUGUACAUGUAAUCUUGUAACUGGUUUGGUUUGAGUGCAGCUACGUUCAUUGCAAAUGAGUUGGCCCCUCUUGCUUGCAAGGGGGGCCAAGGGCAUUUGUCCAUUUUACAGCCCAGGCAGAAUAAGGGCCCAGUACGCAGACAAGCGAUAACUAAAAGCAUUGACAGAAAGCAUUACGCCACACGAUAUUUGAUGUUUACCCACAUGCAGAAACCUAUGGCCGUGAUGGCAGAGAAGACCAAUGGAGUUUAAAUAUGGUUGCAAUCUAGUUGAUUGCGGGUAAUAACAGAGCAGUGUUACAGGAAGUCCUGUGUCACUAUUCAUUUGAAUACAUCUGUACUGUUCUUCACGGAUAUCUCAUAAUUAGACCACUUCUUUGCAUUCGUUGUCAGGUCACACUUGUUAUAGGUUUUGGUUGGAGGGGGGGAAGAGAAAUGAAUAUUUCUUCAGUGUGGUCAGCCAUUGUUUAGUCGCAGUGGGUUGGUAGACAGGUCCAAGAAACUUGACAAGAAAAAGUGGCACUUACUACCUUGUCAAAUAUAAUUUUCAUGAUUUUUCCCCAGACACUGCCACACUGCAGUGGCAAGAUUUGACGUGUUCGAUUUACCCCUCCCUAAAGCCAAAUGAUACUUAUGACAUAGAGCUCUAUGAUAUUACUAGAGUACUUUGAACUUCCUGUACGAAUUGAAUCCAAGUGGGUAGAAAUCUGUGUAAGGGUACAAAACCUGUUGAAAGCUCAAAAUUUUGCUUGUCUUUUUGCAUAUCUGUAUAAAUUUGUAUUCUGUAUUAACGUGUUAUUAAAACCAAUAAUCCUAACAUUGGAAUGCAAAAUCAGCAGACCAGUGGUGUGUUUUAUGUAAACAAGGCCAAAAAAGCUGCAGAUGAUCUUUAACUUGGCUUUUGAUCAUAGUCUAUCGUCAAUGUUUGUUUUAUUUGUGUAGGAUUUAGAGGGAACUAUUCGGAAGUUCCAUUCCAUUUGAUGUGUUCCACCAACACAAUGUACAAUUUCACUUGAGGCAUGCUCUAAAGUAUUCCAUACUUAGGGAUGCUCUAAUUGGAGUGCUAUAGUUAUUUCAUACAGCUCUAUGGAUUGUUGUGGCUUCUGGAGGGAUCUUGAGUGUAAAUAAUGACAUACAGGUUUGGGUUCUAGAAUCUGUGAUGGUUGAUGGACCUCAAAGGGGGAAGGUGGUGGUGGAAGUGGAUCACUGUCUUAUGUGUGUGUGAUACAGACCAAAGCUUGCUCUCACAGUGAUGUUGGGAUUUGAUGUCGAGACUGGAGAAAGAACAACUUGCUUGCCAGGAGAUGUACACUUCUGCUAGUCUUAAUGUGGAUUUAAUUUUUAAAUUCUGCCAUAGGUUAUCAGGUUAACAACUCCCUUGUGUCUCUGCCGGUGUGGAGGGAGAAAAAAGCUUUCGCCCUGAAUGAUAAAUGUACGCUUUGACAAGCACACAUUUGGAUCUAGAGCUGAUCCGCAUUGGAGUGUGAUAGGGUGUUCAUAAAACUCCAAAUGGUUGCAUCCUAUAUUCUACAUGUAUAAACUGCUGGUUUUGUUGUCUGCCUCUGUGCGUCACUGCCUUAGGAGUACAUGUAUGGUGGAACACCACAGCAAUGACUGCAAUGAAACCUUUGGGCUUGAGCAACAAAAUUUCUACAGCCCUUUGUACCACGUAGUAACAAAUUGUAUGCACAUUUCUCAAAAUUACUCCCAUUAGAAGAGGAUGCUCCUUUCUAAUAAUCAAGUGUCAGUUUUGCGAUGUUUGUCAGUGUGGUGUUCUGCUGUAUGGUGCAAACCGUGGACCAAACCAAUAAAAUAUUUGUAACUCUCUGACAUACGUAUGAUAUUGUAAUGUAGUCGGGGAAAACGGUGUCAGUCCACAAUCUUUUUGGUAUGAUGAAGUUUUUCCAAUGUCUGUAGAGAUAAGGUCUAAUUUUGUACUUGCUUACAAUCCUCUGCAUCCCCCUCCUGUAUUUAUUGAAAUUUUAGUGUCACUGGAUUUUUAAAAAGCUUUUGUUGAACUUUUAUUGAAAGUACAGGUGAUAUUAAGGGGAAUUACCACAGCAACUGAUUUUUGUUCCACUUUUAUGGUGUGGGAUGGAGUGCUAUCAAUGUAUAAAUUAAUCAGUCUUUUGAGACUAGUUUGUGAUUUUUUCAAAAAAUAUUUUUUACAGUUUUUAAUGGAUCAACAGCUGUGUACUUAAAAUGGGCAAGUUGGAGUUCUAGUAGAUGGAGCAAGCUGUAUUGAAAUGGUCCUCCCUGUCGGGAAAACUGAGGGCCAGGGAAGAGGAUGCCUCAUUUUGACAUAAAACCCUUGUUCUUGGGGGAUGCUCAGUUUAUGGAGAGUUUGGGAAGUGACAGAAAAUGGAAUGCAUUUGUUCUGGUUUGGACGGGUCAAAUAAACCAACAACCAACACACACAGCAGGCCAGGUGGUGACUCAGUCAUUCUGAAAGUGGAGACUUGGGUGCUUUAUACAUGUAUACCUUCGUGGAACAGGAUGUGCCUUGUGUUUACGGGUUCCUUCAUUUAAAGUGUGUUCAGAGUCAAGUUUCUGUAGUUGGUUUAUGGAAGUUAACCAGCUGGUUGUUGGAUGCCUAGACAUUUAAUGUGGCUUCUCACAGUUCUCGAGAAAUGGGAUUAUUUUGAGAUGACCACUUCAUGCAGUAUGAUAUUUUCCUAACCCUGGGCUGCAUUAGAUAUUACGAAACUAGUGAAUGAUCAAAUAUUUUUUCAUAUAUUUGACAGGCUGUUCUGCCAAAGCAGGAAAAGUUCUUGCCUGGUGUAAUUGUUCCAAUUUGUCCAUAAGUCUGUUUUCUUAAGCCAUUGAGUAAGUUAAUGUGGAGGAACAACCACUGAGUUUUUCCUUUAACAUUUUCAAAUGAAAUUUUAAUUGAUAGUGAAACAACCACGUUUUUCCAUUAACAGGAUUUUUUAAUUAACAGUGGGUGUAGGUCAUGAAUUGAUUUGAUGAAUUCUAGCUCAAUUCUUGUUCUUUGCAUGAAGCAGUUAAUUUUCAGGACAGGAUAUUUGCUGAUAGUUUGUAAUACUUCAGCUGUUUUACUUUCUUGAGGCCUUCUGUUGGUAAAUAGCAGCAGGCUGUGAAAUAUCUAUAUUAAAUAUCUAUACCUUGUACAUAUUAAAGAGAAUAAUCCGUAAAUAAAAUAUUUUUUACUCUUCA